AUGACGAAUUGUGAAAGGAAAAGGCGGAAAAUUUGUGCCCAAGACACCUGUGAGCUGUGCAAGGAGGCACCCGAGUCAACCGAACACGUCCUGCGCCAUUGUGUGGCUGCUGCUCAGGUAUGGCAAGCUUUGGGGAUAACGGAUUCUACUCUAACUAUCGGUUUCAAUUUGACAGAUUGGUUGGCUAGGAAUCUCAAAGACUCAAAGACGGGGCUGCUCUUUGGAGUUGCAGCGUGGUAUCUCUGGAAAAGAAGGAAUGAAUGGAUUUUUAACAACAAGCAGCAAGAAACGCAGACUCUUGUUCAAAGGAUUCAAAGCUGGACCAACACCAUUCGGGAAGCACAAAGCAAUGAGAAGGUCAUCCACUCCUCGCAGCAAAGGAAAACCACGACAGAGAUUGCUUGGGUUCCUCCUAAUCCGGACUGGGUGGUGGUCAACUCUGAUGGUUCUGUUAAACAUCCGGAUUCUUUGGCUGCUGCAGGAGGUCUGGUGCGCGACAGUUGGGGCAGAUGCCUUGGUGCGUUCGCCUCUAAUCUCGGAGCCUGUACCAUUACUAGGGCGGAAUUGCUUGGGGCUAUCCAGGGACUUCGGCUUGCUUGGAGCUUGGGGUACCGUAGAGUGGAGAUGCGCACUGAUUCGACGGUUGCUCUUGGCAUUUUGAACUCACCUGGGCCGUUUGAAGGUCGCUACCACAACUUGUGGAGGCAAUUCCAGAGCCUCCUUCAUCAAAACUGGGAGAUUCGCAUCUCUCACACUCUUAGAGAAGGAAAUAAAGCAGCUGAUUAUCUGGCCAAUAAAGGCCAUUCUCUUGAUCUAGGUUCCCAUGUUAUUGACCCGAUUGACUCGGGGCUUAAUUUUUGGCUUUUGUAUGACUCCUUGGGCAUCGCCCAAUCUCGUUUAAUUUAA